AUGCGCUUCGCCGAAUAUCCAAGAAGUCCCGAUCCUUCGCCAAUCUCUGGUUUGGUAGUUGAGAAGAAGAAGCAAACUGCUACUCCACUUUCCAGAGGAAGCAAUUUAGAAGCUUGGUUGCUUCGGUUCAUCUAUCCUCCUUGUCGAUUCUCAGAAGGUUACUUCAGAUCCGAGCAUAUUUCUGAUUUCUCUCUAAGCCGAGCUAAUUCGAGCAAUUUGAUCGCGGAUACUUACACCGCCGCAAUACAUCCUCGGGAAUUGAUCCCGCCUCCAGCUCUAGCCAAGCCCGCCUCGCACAAACUCAUGGCCGCUCAACAGAAUAGUGGAAAAGGCUACAAUAAACCCCACAGGGAGUAUUCUGGUGAUGGUGAAACAAUUCGUUCAACAGAUGUGGCGGGGUCGGGUUUGUGCGAAUACGAGAAGCUUCAAUGUGAAAUGUCGGAUCUGCAACUCAAGUACUAUGAGCUUCUGGCAACUCGUAAAGUAACUCUCAAAGAGGUAUUCAUGAGAAAUCAUGCUGCACCAUGCUUUACUGUAUCUAUCCAAGUUGUGUUUCUUGAAAAAAGGGAAAUGGAUAUUUAUGCUUUACUAUAUCUAUUCAGGGCAAGCAAUGCCCAAUUCAAUUCAAUUUCAUGGCCAUUUGUAAGAUACAGGGUCGAACCAUUCCCGGAGACAAACUGCCGUUCUUGGAAGAAUGCCCAGCAGCAAGUAGCAGAUAGUGCCCUUCAUAAGCUCGCAGACAAGUAUGUAACAUACAGUACACCUCAUUGUGGACCAAUAGAGAAAAUGGAUAUUGGUAGCGAGAAGACAUUUGAUUCCAUGAGACCGCGGAGGACUGAAGUGGGAAAACAGAGAGCCAAUCAGAGAUUUGUUCUUCUCUCUGACAGCUGUGUACCUUCGUACGACUUCAGUUGUACUUACAACUACAUAAUGUCCUCCCCCAAGAGACUCUUUGACAGGUUGCAAUUGAGACAUCAUCUUUAAGCAGUGGGUUGCUUUGGUGAGAAAACAUGCUGAACUCCAUCUCCUUUGCGGGCAAUGCACAAAGUAGGAUUCAACAAAGAAAAACUUAAGAGGUUUCGAAGCUUUCAGCCCCAAAACUUAUUCAUGCCAUUGUGAUUUUUGGAUUAGUGGGUUGAUUCUUAGUGUAACAUUAUGUAAUUGUGAAUUUUGGUUAAUAAACAAUAAAUUGUGUACUUGUAAUUUUGGUUACUAAACAAUUUUGUUAUAUGAAACAAUUUUUUUAUUUUAAUUCUAUUUAAUUUUUAGUAUUUUCAUUUUAGUGACCAAAUUCGCAU